AUGCCACUCAAGAAUGUCUUGACAUCAACUUGGAGUGCCCUUCGGAAAGUGCCCCGACGCCUAGGCCAUGCAGUGCGACUGGCAUUGCGAAAAGCAAAACUUCAGAUACUCCCUCAACUGACGAAAUGGAAGGGGCACAGAGAAGAGCCAAAGGUUGUGAUGUACAAGAGUCGUGGAGUUGUACUCUUACACAUCCUGACUCACGCUCUGCCCCUCAGCGGUGUCUUGACGCUGCUGGUUUUGAAUAUCAAUACCUUCUUCGUCGGGAACCUCUCCACCUCCGCAGUGACCGCCUUUCAAUUUGCGGCCAAAUUGCUGGAGUUGCUCAUGCAGGCUUCACUGGCUGUCAUUUUGCUAGAUGCCAUCCGUUGGCACAUGGUUCGGAAUGAAGACCUUCCGCUCGGCGGGCUCGUGGCUCCUUUGCGCGCCACGGACGUAUCGUAUCUGUGGUCUUUGGAGCUUUGGGGCUCCUUGACCUCGAAGAGCUGGCGAGGCUAUCGCAAAACAUAUUUGGGCCUCUUGAUCCUCGCCACGGUCGUCCUCGCCGCCCUGGUUGGCCCGACAGGAGCAGUCGCGAUAGUUCCCCGCCAAAUCACGCACUCCACUGGUAAAUACCUGAACAUCUUGAACCCUCUCGAUGACAUCUUCCCUCACACAGCCAAGUAUCUAGACACUGGCACCGCCUUCGAGCAGGGCAUCACACAACUUAGCCAAUUCUAUGGCUCUGAGCCAUAUCGCCUCCUUGACUCAGAUGGCGUACGAUUAUUCGGAACACCAUCUGAUCUCGGUUUGCCCUGGUCUACCGCAACAAUGCCUUCCCGCGACAUGUCCUAUGUUUUGCGCGCCCAAAGGGCGAACCUCCAAAGAGAUUCAGACUCUCCCUUCAAUAUCUUGACAAUGAAAACCUCUCAGGCUCUCGUUCAAAGUGCUUGUAACGAGAACAACCUGUACGAUUAUGAUCAUAACAGAACACACUUGUCCUUCCCGAGCUCGGAACCACAACUGGGCCAACUCGUCACGUGGGGCGAAACCCUGGGAAACGCUACGGCUGAUGGCACGAUUCUAUUCUUCACGAAUCUGCCCUCUUCUGCUACUUCACGGAGUUCAACUCUUAUGGUAUAUGGGACGACAGACCCGGUUGACCGAAGCUACGCGGCGACGGCUUAUGCUUGCAUGAUCGAUGCGACGUGGACCAGUGUCACGCUGAAUACAUCUGCCGCCGACAGCAGCUAUAGUCAAGUCAAUUACGUUCUCGAGACUCAUUAUGAUGGCGGCAUUCCGCAGCAUCUGAAAAUCGACCUUCCGCCUGCUUGGACCGAACGGCUUCGAUCUACCAUUUUGGCCUCUCAGACCGCACUCCAGUUUUUGACCAACGAUGUUUUCCCACACCAGAUAGUCGCUCUAGCGCUUGCGAACGGAGAUUACGACUAUCUCAAGUACAACGGUCUGGCUCUUACGCAGGACGACGGUCAAGACUCUGAUACACAUGCUCUUUAUGCAUAUCUGGACAAAAGUCAUUCCUGGAGUCAGUACGCAGGUAUCUCGAUUGACAUCGACCAGAAUGCUGCAUUGGUCAAUCCCCCUUCUCUCACUUACCAAGUGGUCUCUCAGUCGCAACAAGGCUACGGGUACAAUGCAGACGACAUCACUGUGCAGCUGUCACUCGCAGUGCUAGGUGUGUUCUGUGUUUUCAUGGUGAUGCACAUAUUCCUCCUUCUUCUGACCGGCUACACGGGGAGCAGUUGGGAUAGCGUCAGUGAGUUACUCAUGCUGGGCUUGAUGAGUCGGAAGCCGGAAUACCUAGGGACCCAUACCAGUGCGGGUCUGGAGACCCUCAACGUUUUCCGGGAACCCGUCAGUGUCAAGGUGAACAAUGAGGGAUACGUCGAACUGGUUUUCGACAAUGACACAGGCGGCAAAUUGGGGAGGGAUGCCCCUGUAGUGGUCAACAAAGCAUAUUGA